CCCCGGCGCCUGUACGCGUCUCGCGUUCCCGCGGCCCGCGCCACCUCCACGUCAUGUAACUCGUGCCAAAUAGUGUGCCAAACAGUGUGAAUGCAGCAUGGAAGUAUACAUAAUAGUUGGAAUGGCUGUAUUGAUCUACACGUUCGUCACGUUACUCUUGAAUAGUGAGUGCUGGAAUCCCGAGCACCAGAAGUGUCAGUGUGAGGAGUGCAAGAGCCUCUGCAGUGUCAACCGCACCAUCACCCCCUCCGUCAUGUCCGUAUCCUCGCGUAUUGACGUCAUCACGCGUCCGUAAACGUAACUCUCUCACUAUACUGAUGACCUGGUACUUUGAACCUACAUACAAAACAUGAAUUAGUAUAGUUUACCCACAUUAAGUUACCUACCGUGACGUUACAUGAAACACCCUCGAAGUGAAUUUUGUGAAUAAGUGAUUAGUGAGUGAAGCCGGUGCAAUGGUGUGUUAGCUUAGCGGGCAUGGACCCGCUGGCGAGGCUGAUGGAAGGCGCUCCGCUGCCGGGCGUGCUCGGGGCGACCAGGGACGCCCGCCCGCGCGGCGCGCUGGUGCACGCGAGCCUCGCUGCCGCACCCGCCAUAGGCGACAAGAAGGGACGCCACCUCACAGGCACCUUCUGCCUCACAGGUGAUACCAUGGAGGGUAUCAUACAGUGCCUCGUCUUCCUCAAAGCAUUUUCGCUCGUGGGCGGCGAGUUCGACAUGGAGCUGAAUUUCGUGAUACAGGACGCGCAAAAUAUUCAGCACAUGUUGGAACUGCUCGACCACUGCCCACCAAGCUUACAGGCGGAAAUAUGGUCAGUGUUCAUCGCAAUUUUGCGCAAGAGUGUGCGUAACCUUCAAGCCUGUACAGACGUUGGCCUCAUACACCAUGUGCUGCAGAGGCUACCGCGCGCCGAGACAGUCGUCGCUGACCUUCUCAUCGAGAUGCUGGGAGUGCUGGCCAGCUACAGUGUCACAGUCAAGGAGCUCAAACAGCUGUUCAGUGCCAUGAAGGCGGUCAACGGAAAAUGGCCGCGGCAUUCUGCGAAGCUGCUGAACGUGCUCCGGCAGAUGCCGCACCGGAACGGGCCGGACGUGUUCUUCAGCUUCCCCGGACGGAAAGGAUCGGCCGUGGUGCUGCCGCCGCUCGCCAGGUGGCCCUACGAGAACGGAUUCACCUUCACCACGUGGUUUCGGCUGGACCCCAUCAACUCCGUCAACAUUGAAAGAGAAAAGCCAUAUCUAUACUGCUUCAAGACGAGUAAAGGAGUAGGCUACACGGCGCACUUCGUCGGCAACUGCCUGGUUCUCACAUCUAUGAAGGUGCGAGGCAAAGGAUUCCAACAUUGUGUCAAAUAUGAAUUUCAACCAAGAAGAUGGUACGCGAUAGCCGUGGUGUACAUAUACAACAGAUGGACAAAGAGCGAGAUCAAAUGCUUGGUGAACGGACAGCUAGCGUCCAGCACGGAGAUGGCGUGGUUCGUCUCCACUAAUGACCCGUUCGACAAAUGCUACAUCGGCGCGACAGCAGAGCUGGACGAGGAGCGAGUGUUCUGCGGGCAGAUGGCCGCCAUCUAUCUGUUCGGAGAGGCUCUCACCACGCACCAGAUCUGCGCCAUGCACAGGCUGGGGCCCGGGUAUAAGAGUCAAUUCCGUUUCGACAACGAAUGCAACAUCAGUUUGCCGGAGAACCACAAAAGGGUGAGCGAGACGACCGCUCCCAAGCUUGACAGCGCUGAUGUUCCUCCUCCCCCUGAUCCCGAAACUCCCUCCCAAAUCCCUGAGAUUGAGCCGCCGCCUGAUGUAGCUUCUCCCGAGGAAGAUACUAAGCCUGCAGAACCAGAAGAAGCAUGCGUAGUUGUGAAGGAAGACGCGACUCCUCGAGGACGGCGCAUGGCCGACGAGGCGCGCGAAGUGGCCGCCGCGCAUGCCUCCAUGCUCGUAGAUAUUGAAGCAUGCAAGCGUGUCCUCUACGACGGCAAGCUGUCGUCCGCCAUAGUGUUCAUGUACAACCCGGUGGCCACGGACGGCCAGUUGUGUCUGCAGUCAGCUCCUAAAGGAAACGUCUCGUAUUUUGUACAUACGCCACAUGCGCUGAUGCUCCAGGAGGUGAAGGCAGUAGUGACACACUCGAUACACAGCGCAUUAAAUUCCAUCGGCGGGGUGCAGGUGCUGUUCCCCCUGUUCGCACAGCUGGACCUCCCGCACGACGCGCCCGCCACAGACCCCAAGAGAGACCCCAUGCUAUGCUCGAAGCUGCUGGGGUUCGUGUGCUCGCUGGUGGAGUCGUGCAGCACGGUGCAGCAGCACAUGCUGCAGUGCCGCGGGUUCCUCGUCAUCUCGCACAUGCUGCAGCGCUGCAGCCGCGACCACCUGACGCCCGACACGCUGGCCUCCUUCCUGCACCUCACCAAGCACCUCGUCACCUGCUGCUCGCCCAACUCCGACCUGCUGCUCAAACAGUCUUUCUGCCAAUCCUUUCUGACGUGGCAGCUGUUGGAUCACAUUCUGUUCAACCCCGCGCUGUGGAUCCACACGCCGGCCGCGGUGCAGGCGCGCCUGUACUGCUACCUGGCCACCGACUUCCUCGCGGACGCGCACAUAUACGGCAGCGUGCGCCGCGUCAGCACCGUGCUGCAGACCGUGCACACGCUCAAGUUCUACUACUGGGUGGUGAACCCGAGAGCCAAGAGCGGCAUCACGCCUAAAGGAUUAGAGGGACCUCGGCCGGCCCACAAGGAUAUCCUCACAAUCAGGGCGUACAUACUAUUGUUCUUGAAACAAUUGAUUAUGAUUGGCAACGGAGUCAAGGAGGAUGAGUUACAGUCGAUACUUAAUUAUCUCACUACUAUGCACGAGGAUGAGAACUUACACGAUGUCUUACAAAUGUUAAUAUCGCUGAUGUCGGAACAUCCCAGCUCAAUGGUGCCCGCGUUCGAUGCCAAGGGUGGAGUUAGGACCAUCUUCAAACUACUUUCAUCGGAAAGUCAACUAAUCAGACUACAGGCGUUGAAACUGCUGGGAUUCUUCCUCAGUAGAAGCACGCACAAACGUAAGUACGACGUGAUGUCCCCGCACAACCUGUACACGCUGCUGGCGACGCGGCUGGGCGCCAGCGGCGAGGGCCUGGCGCUGCCCGUGUACAACGCGCUGUACGAGCUGCUCACGGAGCACGUCGGCCAGCAGAUCCUCUACACCAGCCACCCCGAGCCGCAGCCGCACUUCCGACUCGAGAACCCGAUGAUCCUGAAGGUGGUGGCGACGUUGAUCCGCCAGUCGAAGCAGACGGAGCAGCUGCUGGAGGUGAAGAAGCUGUUCCUGUCCGACAUGACGCUGCUCUGCAGCAACAACCGGGAGAACAGGAGGACCGUGCUGCAGAUGUCUGUCUGGCAGGAGUGGCUAAUAGCGAUGGCGUACAUCCACCCUAAGAACGCGGAGGAGCAGAAGAUAUCGGACAUGGUGUACUCCCUGUUCCGCAUGCUGCUGCAUCACGCCAUCAAGCACGAGUACGGGGGCUGGAGGGUCUGGGUCGAUACCCUCGCCAUCGUGCAUUCCAAGGUAUCGUACGAGGAGUUCAAGCUGCAGUUCGCGCAGAUGUACGAGCACUACGAGCAGCGCCGCGCCGACAACAUCACGGACCCCGCCGAGCGCCAGCAGCGCCCCAUCUCCACCAUCUGCGGCUGGGAGCGCCGCGACGCGCCCCCCGCGCCCGCGCCCCCCGCCACGCAGGCGGUGGCGCCCCCCGCGCCCUCGGCGCACCACCACCACGCCGCGCAGACUGAGAUCGGAGCCGGCCUGUCACUGCGCGAGCUCGACCACUGCCGCUGUAAUGCAGCUGCAGAGGCCGACCGCAGUGGCGCCCUCUACAGCCAAGUGUGUAAAGUACAUAGCCCCAAACGAGAUGCCACCGAAGACUCUGCUGUAGACACCAGAGAAGCUGCCCAUUGUACCAGCAGUGAAGUAGAACAUGCCAUCGACGAAGUAGAAACACCCACAGAUGAUGCAGACCGCGUUGUAUCCCCGUCCGAUGCGUCACCCUCGGAUAAUGAACUGGUGCGGUCCAUCAUAGAUGAUACCAAACUGUUAGAAGAUCCAGAGUCAGGUGUCGGCACGCUGGAGAAGAGUGACGAGCCCCUGACGAGACAAGGCAGCCUAGACUACAUUCCUGUCCGAGACGUGGGAGAUAGUGUUUCUAAAGAUGAUGCCACCGACCGCAGUGAAGGCAUUCCUUCCAGUCUAUCAGUUAGUGAGACUGCUAGUCCAGAACGAGUCGCCGAACUAAACGUCGCCACCGAACGUGAGUCUGAACUGUCAGACCGCUCAGACUUGUACUUAACCCCUAGUGAGGCUACGAGCCCGAAGAAAUCAUUAGAUAAAGCUGACGAUGAUCCAGACGACCCGAAACGGGUCGCUAUCAACAUCGUCAACGAUGUACUGAGCAUCGCGCUCGAAACUGUGAGGCUAAAGACUGACGACGACACGGACUCGGGCGCCAUCUCCGGCGGCCUGCAGUCCGAGGGGAACACGCCCAACGGCCGGGACGACUUCGACCACGACGCCGCGGACGACGCGGACGACAAGCGAGCGGCCGAGACCAUCGCUAAUGAACUAGUUACUGAUUUAAUUUCUUCGGUUGUGACAAAAAGUGAAAAUGUUGAAAUUGCUGAAAGCAGUAGUGAGACUGUUGUGGCGGCUAGUGACAAUGUUGAGCCGGUUAGUGAAGACGUUGAUACGGAUAGUAAAACUGUUGCAGCAGAUAGUGAAACCGUUACUGCGGACGACAACAGUCCGCAGAGGGUCAUUCCCUCGGAUCACCCGCACGAGGGCAACGUUCUUCCUCUAGAUGGUGAAUUUUUAGUCAAUUCUAGAACCGAAGAGGCUGAGAAAUUAGAUGUAGAUAAAAAAGAUGAAGUUACAGAAGAGAACGAGAAAAAUGAAAGCCAAAGAGUCGACGCACCGACAACGGAAGAAGAAGAAGAAGAAAAGACACCAGAGAUACCUCCGAUCUCAACCAUUAGUGAGAGUAUUACCUUAGCGAAUAAAGAGGCAGAGAGUGAAGACGAUAAUCAUGAUAGUGAGAGAGACAAAAGACGCGUCAGUUUGCCUGGCGACGGUGAGAUGAAGCAGGACAGCAACAGAGGAGAAGGUGUGUCCACACAGGGUACCAAUACUUCAGCGUCGCCUAAGAGGCCGCGCAGUGCUUCCACUAGCACGCAAGUGGACUCUAAUCAUUUUGAAACGAAGCGGCCGUCGAAAUGUUCCCGGCCCAUGUUCUCCCCGGGCCCGACGCGGCCUCCCUUCCGCAUCCCGGAGUUCCGCUGGUCCUACAUACACCAGCGACUGCUCUCCGAUGUCCUGUUCUCGCUGGAAACUGAUAUACAAGUGUGGCGAAGUCACUCGACCAAGUCAGUGAUAGACUUCGUGAACAGCAGCGAGAACGCGAUCUUCGUGGUGAACACCGUGCACCUCAUCAGCCAACUGGCAGACAACCUCAUCAUCGCCUGCGGGGGACUGCUACCGCUACUGGCCUCCGCCACCUCGCCCAAUAACGAGUUGGACGUGAUAGAGCCGACGCAGGGCAUGCCGGUGGAGGUGGCGGUGACGUUCCUGCAGCGCCUGGUCAGCAUGGCCGACGUGCUCAUCUUCGCCAGCGCGCUCAACUUCGCCGAGCUCGAGGCCGAGAAGAACAUGUCCAGCGGGGGCAUCCUGCGGCAGUGUCUCCGACUGGUGUGCACGUGCGCCGUGCGCAACUGCCUCGAGUGCAAGGAGCGCGCGCGCUACGCCGCCGCGCGCAGCCAGGCCCGCGCGCCCGACUCGCCCGAGCCCAAGAGUGUGGUGGCGAGUCUAGCGGACGCGUCGAGUCCAGUGAAGGACCCGGAAAGACUUCUACAAGACAUGGAUGUGAAUAGGCUUCGAGCGGUCAUUUAUAGAGACGUGGAGGAGACGAAGCAGGCGCAGUUCCUGUCGCUGGCCAUCGUGUACUUCAUCUCGGUGCUGAUGGUGUCGAAGUACCGCGACAUCCUGGAGCCGCCGGCGCACGCGCCGCCCGACUGCGCGCGCCGCCCGCACCACGCGCACGACCACCACGGGUCGCGGCCGCUGUUCCCGCAGUGGUCGCACCACGUGUACCCGCAGUUCCUGCCCGGUGGGCACCCGGCUCACCGCCACCCCCACUCGCACUGCAAGCUCGAUUGCGGCCAACACGUUAACAAUAAUACGCUCGCACACACACGCAUCGCUAACUACCACCGCGCUCACGCAGAACACAAUGGAGAUGACGUGGAAUACGCCAUGAUUGUGGUCGAUGAAAACAAUUCCACUAUUAACGAUUUGGAUUCUCCCUCAAUGAAGGACACGGAUGCCAAAGAAGAGGGUGUUGCGAAAAUAGAAACGACCACUGACGAACUGAAGCCAAAUACCGGAGAGAAAGCAAAGCCUAGCGAUAAGCCGGAUUUGUCCCCGGCCUCGGAAAAGGAAGAGCCGCUAUUCAAGUCGAGCCUCCGAGUCAAACCUCAGCCCAAACCCAAGCCUCCGCCCGCGAGGUCCAAAACAUUGUCUGGGAUAACGGUGUCGGUGGUCAAUUUGAGCGUGGACUCCAUCGAGGACGCCGGCUCCUUCCACCUGAACUCCAACGAGACCACUAACAAUGACCCUGAGACCUCCAGCGAGAUCGCACUUGAUGAUAACAAGCACCCGGUGAGCAACGACGAGUCGUGGACCGAUGUGAACCUGAACGAGGACGGCGAGCGAGGACCCGCCACCAUCACCGGCAGGACGAGAGACCACGAGGGCAACAUACAUGAAGACAUAGACAAGCAGAUCCACAUGCGUAACUCGGAGUCGCACCACCACCUCACGCAGAGACACCAGAACAGGAACCUGCAGGCCGCGCAGAGGCAUCUGCAUCCCGACAACGAGACGCUAGCCGGUCUGAGCGCAAUGAACAGCACGAUGUCGGCGGACGGCGUGUCGCGCGAGGCCUCGCUCACCCACAAGUUGGAGACGGCGCUGGGCCCCGUGUGCCCGCUGCUGCGCGAGAUCAUGCUGGACUUCGCGCCCUUCCUCUCCAAGACCCUCGUCGGCAGCCACGGGCAGGAACUGCUCAUGGAGGGUAAAGGUCUACAAACCUUCAAAUCCAGCACAUCAGUGGUAGAACUGGUGAUGCUGCUUUGCUCCCAGGAGUGGCAGAACUCGCUGCAGAAGCACGCGGGACUGGCCUUCAUCGAGCUGAUCAAUGAGGGUCGGCUGCUGUCGCAUGCCAUGAGGGACCACAUCGUACGAGUGGCCAACGAAGCAGAGUUUAUACUGAACAGGAUGAGAGCUGAUGAUGUGCUCAAACAUGCUGACUUUGAAUGUCUGUGCGCGACGAGUAGCGGCGAGCGCGCGGAGGAGGAGCGCACGUGCGAGCGGCUCAUCGGUGCCGCGCGCCGCCGCGACCACGCCGCCGCCGCCAGGCUGCUCGACAAACUCCGGCACGCCGCCGGACAUGCUGCGCAGCCUGGCAGCGGCAGUCAGUUCUGGAAGCUGGACUCGUGGGAGGACGACGCGCGCCGGCGGCGCCGCCUGGUGCCGGACGCGCGCGGCCGCCGCCACGCCGCCGCCGCGCUCGCCCGCCCGCACCCCGCCACGCACCACCACGACGCCAUACUACAGGCUACAGAAGAGCUACACUCCCGCAUCGCAGCGGGCGGCGCGGGUCGCGGCGCGCAGCUGCCUACUACUGCCGCCGCGGAGCUGCUCGACGAUGCUGAGCUCCUGGUAGACGACAGGGAAAUUGAUGCCGACCUUACUGGUCCAGUGAACAUCAGCACGAAGGCGCGGCUGGUGGCGCCCGGGCUGGUGGCGCCGGGCACGGUGUCGCUCACCUCCACCGAGCUGUACUUCGAGGUGGACGAGGAGGACCCCGAGUACAAGAAGAUCGACCCAGAGGUGUUGAAAUACUGCGAGCACCUGCACGGCAAAUGGUACUUCAGCGAGAUCAGAGCGAUAUUCUCCAGGAGAUACCUGCUGCAGAAUGUUGCCAUCGAGAUGUUCCUGGCCAGCAGGAAUUUUUAUAAUGUUUCAGCUUCCAUAUUCUUCGCAUUCCCCGACCAGGCCACGGUUAAGAAGGUGAUCAAGGCGCUGCCGAGAGUCGGCGUUGGCAUCAAGUAUGGAAUACCGCAGUCCCGACGUGCAUCAAUGAUGUCGCCCCGGCAACUCAUGCGCAACUCCAACAUGACACAGAAGUGGCAACGUCGCGAGAUCUCCAACUUCGAGUACCUCAUGUUCCUGAACACCAUCGCAGGUCGCACAUACAACGACUUGAAUCAAUACCCAGUCUUCCCAUGGAUUCUCACAAACUACGAGAGCGAAGAGUUGGACCUGAGCCAGCCCUCCAACUACAGGGAUCUUUCCAAGCCCAUCGGUGCGUUGAACCCGAGUAGGCGCGCGUACUUCGAGGAGCGUUAUAACACGUGGGAGCAUGAGUCCACGCCUCCCUUCCACUACGGCACGCAUUAUUCUACUGCAGCAUUUGUACUCAACUGGCUAGUUCGCAUUGAGCCGAUGACGACCAUGUUCCUUGCGCUUCAAGGUGGCAAGUUCGACCACCCCAACAGACUGUUCUCAUCCAUUGCUAUGUCAUGGAAGAAUUGCCAACGAGACACCUCUGAUGUGAAGGAACUGAUACCUGAGCUGUUCUUCCUCCCGGAGAUGCUUGUGAACAGUUCAGGCUUCAGACUGGGCAUCCCAGAGUCUCCCUCGGGAGACGUCAUCCUUCCGCCAUGGGCGUCUUCUGCUGAAGAGUUCGUCCGUAUCAACCGAAUGGCACUGGAAUCUGAAUUCGUCAGCUGUCAGCUACACCAAUGGAUAGACUUAAUAUUUGGAUACAAGCAGAGAGGUCCCGAAGCGGUGCGUGCGACGAACGUAUUCUACUACUUGACCUACGAAGGCGGGGUGCGACUCGACCAGAUUACGGAGCCCGUGACUCGAGCAGCUAUUGAGGAUCAGAUCCGAAGUUUCGGUCAGACUCCUGCGCAGCUCCUGAGCGAGCCCCACCCUCCCCGCGCGUCCACGAUGCACCUCGCGCCACUGAUGUUCGCUGCCGCCCCCGAUGACGUGUGCUUGAGACUGAAACUACCCUCCAACGCGGCUGUAGUCCACGUGUCUGCCAAUACUUAUCCACAAUUGACUAUGCCUGCUGUUGUUACCGUGAGCGCCGCGCGUGCGUUCGCGGCGCACCGCUGGGCGGGCGGCGGGUGUGCGCACGCGCCGCACGGGCCGCACGCGCCCAGACACCAGACCGACCACAACCACCAUCCACACCAUCCGCUACUCAUGGACCCCGUCUGGGCCGCGGGCGGUGCUCAGGCCCUGGCUCGACGUCAGUUGGGCGACAACUUCUCCCAGCGAGUGCGCGCGCGCAGCAAUUGUUUCGUCACCACCGUGGACUCGCGGUUCCUCAUCGCAGCCGGAUUCUGGGACAAUAGCUUCAGAGUCUUCAGCACAGAAACCGCUAAAAUAGUACAAAUAAUCUUCGGUCACUACGGCGUGGUGACGUGCGUGUGUCGCUCGGAGUGCAACAUCACCUCCGACUGCUACAUCGCGUCCGGAUCCGAAGACUGCACCGUACUGCUGUGGCAUUGGUCUGCUCGUCACGGUGGUAUUGUGGGCGAAGGAGAAACUCCCGCGCCCCGAGUCACGCUCACGGGACACGACGCGCCCAUCAACGGAGUACUUGUGUCAGCUGAACUCGGCUUGGUCAUAUCUUCGUCAGUCAACGGGCCAGUACUGAUCCAUACGACAUUCGGCGAAGUGCUCCGCGCGCUAUCAGCCCCGGACGGCGUGUGCUCCCCGCAGCAGUUGGCGCUGAGCCGCGAGGGAGUCGUCGUCGUGGCCUACGCGCGCGGACACCUCGCCGCCUUCACGCUCAACGGACGCAGGCUGCGGCACGAGACGCAUAACGACAACUUCCAGUGCCUGGUCCUGUCCCGGUGCGGCGAGUACCUGGUGUGCGGCGGGGACGCGGGCGUGGUGGAGGUGUGGCGCGCCUUCACGCUGGCGCCGCUCUACGCCUUCCCGCCCGCCGGCGCGCCCGUCUGCUCGCUCGCGCUCUCGCAUGACCAGAAGUUCCUGUUAGCUGGUCUCGAGAACGGUUCCCUGGUUGUAUUCCACAUAGACUUCAACAGAUGGCACCACGAGUACCAACAACGGUACUGAGCCUGGCGGUACCUUAGUUAUUAUUAAUAAACGUAAAUCAAUUACCGGCCCGACGCACUGGCAACACCCGGCCAUAUUGUCAAUUACCGCGUCAGGUGUUGCCAGUCUGUUGUUGGCUUUACCAUUCGUAUAUAAGUGACGGCGAUAUAUUACGUUGAGAGUACACGAUAGAAAGACGUAACGGCUGCUAGUACUAUUAACACACGUUCACUGUUCUUUACAAUUUACGCGAUAAAACGUCAGAUACCACGAUAUCUGAGAUGUUCAACUUUAAAUCAUGUACAUCCAUUGAAGUACUUAUUAAAAUUAGUUAUGUAAAUUAAUGAAGUGUAAAGGAUAGUGAAUUUAAUGUAGUGUGUGGUAAUUUAAAUUGGUUCGCAGCUAAUGGCAGCUAGAGUUUAAACUACCGCACCGGUCAGCAUUUUAAAUAAUUAAAUUAUUGUUCGGUUGUAUUUCGACACACUAAUGCUAUAUUGGAUAAUACAAGUAUUAGGCAACUGGCGAGUAAGUACUUAAUUAAUUUUAAACACAUUGACAUUCCAUUGAUUUAAUUAUGAUUGAUUUAGUAACAAUUAAUUAUACUAAUGAACUUAAAAUAGAAGUACUUAAUGUGGCGACUUCAUAACAUUCCAUGAAAUUUAUACAAUUUACCAAAUUACUAUUGUAAUAAGAUCUUUUUUGUUAAGAUUUGUUUCUAAGGUGAAAUAUUAAUGUAGUUGUAACUAAUUAUACUUUAUUGGUACUGAAUCAAUUGUUAUUUAUUUAAGUAAAUGAAGUCGUAGCAUUGUAUUACAAGAUGGAUGUAUCAGUGAUUGACACACUCUGCCACACUGCGGGCUUUUAGUAUCUGUACCAUUAGUGUUGCCAACCUAGAAAUAUAAAAUACUACUAAAGUAGUUUUACUUUCAAUAUGUAGCAGAGUGUUGUUGACUUGAGAUUUGAAGGAAUACGAGUAUUCAAUUCAUUAAAAAAAAGAAUCUUUCCAUUGCUGUGAUCGUAUUUUUUCAAACCAGAAUCCACCUAUAGUAUUCUAUGUAUUAUAAAAAGUUUAUUUUAUCGUAUGAAAGAAUUAGUUUACAGUAAAUUAUUUAUGUAGUGCCAUAGGGUUUUAUUAAUUUAACGCAAUAUUAUAUGUUUAUAAUUUUAUUUACACAAGAUACCAAGAUCUCUUGUUCAAGACGUCCAUUUUAUUAUUUCCAAUCUUUUAUGUAAAUUGAGAUUAUAUUUAAUUGAUUUAUUUAUUGACUUCAAUUGUGCAAUAUUUACUUAUUAUGAAUCACUAGCUACGAAUGAAAUUAAUUAUAUAUUUUUGAUUCAUUUUUAAAUUACACUGUACGAUUUUUUCUUCAGUCAUUCCAGUAUUUUUAAAUAAUUUGGCACAUUCCUAUAUAUCAUUCUUGUGCUAUUUAAAUGGUGGUGGGUAAACAAGUACUUAAUUUUGAAUAUUAUAAAUAAAUAAUUGACGUUGUUGUAAUUAAUUUUUGGUUUUUAUUAAAUGGUUAUAGCGAA